AUGCAACAAGCACUCUCAAACCAUAGAAAAACACAUAAGUUGAAAUUACAUUAUGAUAGCAAUGAUGUUAAUUUAGUUGAUUUGAAUGAAUCAAUGGUAAAGAAAAAACACAAAGAAGAUAUUAAUAUUACAAAAUAUAGUAUUGAUGAACUUUCAACCAACAAUGUAUCUGCUGAAUUUACAAUUAAUGAUGUAUCUGUUGACAAUACUUUUUACAAAGAAUUUGAUAAUACAUCAAAACAUUCUUAUGAUUUUCUUGAUAAUUUUCCUGGCAUCCACAUUAAUGAGAAUGUAGAAGAAAAAAAUUACUCAACUUUUCCAAGUGAAGAAUACAAAGAGUUCAUGAUUUUGAUAACAAAAUAUAAUAUUUCACAUUCACUAGGUGAUGAAAUCUUGAAAUUAAUUAAAAAAUAUUCAAAGCCAAAUUUGAUUUUUCCAAUUUCAACUAGGUCUGGAAAAGAAUUUUUAGAUAAAAUGAAAGAUCCAGUUUUAAAUUUCAAUAAAAUUAAAUUAUUAGAAUAUAAUGGCAUAGAAUAUUUUUUUUAUUUUAGAACAAUAAUAGAUGCAGUAUCAGAGAUAUUUUCCAACAAAGAAAUUUUUAAUGCAAGUGUAUUUAAUUAUCAAAAAGUUUACAAUAAUAAUAAGAGAUGCUAUAAAGAACUUUAUAAUAGCAAUUGGUGGGAAGAGAUUGAAAAAAACAACCCUCCUGGCUGUAAGAUUUUAUCAAUCAUUUUGUAUUCAGAUAAAACAAAUUGUGAUUCUCUGGGGAAAACAUCUCGACAUCCAAUUUAUUUAACAAGUGGUAACAUUCCUUGUGAAUACAGAAACAAGUAUAAAUCAAAAGUUUUACUUGGAUAUAUUCCAAUUAUAGAUGGAUCCAAAAGCACCAAGAAAACAAUGGAAUUUAGAAAUUUAGCUCUUUUGAUGUUUCACAAUGCUAUGUCAUUACUUAUUAAACCUUUGAUUGAACAAGAAAAAGAUGGUAUUUAUCUCUUUUUACAUGGGAAAUUAAUAUGGUUUAAAAUAAAAAUUUCAUUGAUAAUUGGUGAUUGGCCAGAAGCUUGUACAUUUUGUUUAACAUAUAAAACAAGUAAUUCAAGUAGACCAUGUCACACUUGUUUAACUUCAAGGGAUCAGCUUAAUAAUAUGAAUAUGUCAAAGGAAUCUUUAAUUUUAAGAACACCAAACAAAAUGAUGGGUAUAAUUGAAAAUGAUCAAUGCAAAGAUUAUUCUGUCCAUCCAUUGAAAAAUUCAUUUUGGGAAUUACCUUACUUAAAUAUUGUGACUUAG